AUGAUCGUACUGAAUCCAGAACGUGGAAGUAAGGAGUUGUCAGCACUAUGGGGUGCCAUUAAAUCAGGUGAAAAUAUCGAGAAACAUGCGGCUGCUUGCUCACUUGCGGCUGUCUUCGUAUGGCAUCCGGCGGACACGUCUAAACCCACAAUUCGUAUCCUUUAUCCAGGUGCGUGUCCACUGGAGAAGCUUUACACAGCGUUGGAGAAAUUGAAAGGUGAAGAGUAUCUGAGAUAUUUGGAUUAUGCGAGUGCAAAUCGUGAGAAAUACAUCAUGUCGGGGCAUGCAAACAAUCGUCCUCCAGCGCAUCAUGCGCCAUCGUCAGGCCCAGCUCACAAACCACUUGCUCAGGCUAAACCUCUUGCAAAGUCAGCCGCAGCUGCUGCUACUGCUACAGCACCUGCAACCGCUCGAGCUACUAAAAGACCAACGAAGCCAACGAGUCUUGCAUCACGUCCUGCAACAGGUUCAUCGCGUACCACAACGACAACCACUACCACAUCAACAACAUCUGCGGGUCAUACGAAGACAACAACGACAAAAGCGACCACUGAAACAGCUGCAAAGAAAGUUACGAAGUAG